AAAAUUUCUCAUUUGUUGACUCUUGUAAGUUGCAGGCCCCUCUCACUCUCUGUUUUGUUCUCUCCUCUGUCUAUAAAGAGCAGGGGCUGCUUCAAUAGGAAAACAGAAACUUAGAGAUAUAGUAGGGAGAGGCGAGAGAGAGAGAGAGGAAUUGAAGAGUAAUAAUGGCGGGGGGUUUUGUGGAUGGUGAUCUUGGGAAGAGAGCAGCCCAAUAUGAAGGUGGGGUCACGGCCUAUUUCAUUUUGGCUUGCGCUGUGGGAUCUCUUGGGGGAUCACUCUUUGGCUACGAUCUUGGAGUUUCUGGUGGAGUGACAUCUAUGGAUGACUUCUUGAAACACUUCUUCCCAAAAGUCUAUGAGAGAAAACAAGCUCAUCUCAAUGAAACCGAUUACUGCAAAUAUGACAAUCAAGUCCUAACCCUCUUCACAUCGUCUCUAUACUUUGCUGGACUUCUCUCAACAUUUGGGGCCUCUUAUGUGACUAGAAAGUAUGGAAGGAGAAUUAGCAUCAUGACCGGUGCCGUUAGCUUUUUCCUUGGUGGUGGUGUCAAUGCUGCGGCUGUAAAUAUGUUCAUGUUAAUCCUUGGUAGAAUUCUCCUUGGUAUUGGCAUUGGCUUCGGAAAUCAGGCAGUUCCCCUCUAUCUCUCUGAAAUAUCACCCCCAAAGAUAAGAGGAAGAGUGAACCAACUCUUCCAACUUACAACUUGCUUAGGUAUCAUAGUUGCUGACAUCAUCAACUACUUCACCGAAAAAUUGCAUCCAUGGGGAUGGAGGCUCUCUCUCGGUCUAGCCACAGUUCCAGCCACCUUAAUGUUUGUCGGAGGCAUAUUCCUUCCAGAAACACCCAACAGUCUUGUUGAACAAGGCAGAUUAGAAGAAGCAAGAAUCAUCCUCGAAAAAGUUAGAGGUACAAAGAAAGUGGAUGCAGAAUUUGAGGACUUGAAAGAUGCAAGUGAAGCAGCAAGGAAAGUUAAGCAUCCUUUUCGUAAUCUUUUGAAGCCCAAGAAUAGGCCUCAGCUUAUUAUCGGUGCCCUUGGCAUCCCAGCUUUCCAACAGUUAUCAGGAAUGAACUCCAUCCUCUUUUAUUCUCCUGUUAUAUUCCAGAGCUUGGGAUUUGGUUCGGGUGCUUCUUUGUAUUCAUCGAUUAUAACGAGCUCUAUGCUUGUGCUCGGAGCUUUGGUUUCGAUGUCGUUGGUUGAUAGGCUUGGGAGAAGGUUCUUCUUCAUUGAAGCGGGAGUUCAAAUGAUCAUUUGCAUGGCUAUUGUAGCUACUGUCCUAGCAACAAGCUUCGGUCAUGGUGUUGAGCUUCCAAAAGGCCUAGCACUACUACUCGUGAUAUCAAUAUGUCUCUUUGUCGUCGCUUAUGGAUGGGCUUGGGGUCCUCUCGGUUGGUUAGUACCAAGUGAAAUUUUUCCUUUAGAAACUCGAUCAGCAGGCCAAAGUUUAGUUGUCUGUGUCAACCUCUUCUUCACUGCUGCAAUUGCUCAGUGCUUUUUAGCAUCUCUUUGCCAUCUUCGAUGGGGAGUGUUUGUACUCUUUGCUUCAUUGAUUGUUAUAAUGUCUUUGUUUAUCUUCUUUCUAUUGCCGGAGACUAAACAAGUGCCGAUUGAAGAGAUGUCUCAACUUUGGAGGAAGCAUUGGUUCUGGAAGAAUAUUGUCUGUCAGGAUGAUGAUGAUGAUGAUAAAUGAGCUAUAUGAAGAAGCCUGUGGAUGAAGAAUAGUUGCAUUUCUAGCAUUAUUAUUAUUAUUAUUUAUUGUUGAUGGAUUGUUUUCGGUGUUUAUUUUUCUUAUUCUAGGUUAUUGAUUGUUCUAAAUUUGAGCAAUUGUAAAGCGUUAUAGGCUCGGUAAAUAAAAGUGCAAUUCGGAACAGAUGAAUCAAUUUUUUUUUCUGGCUA